AUGGUUUACCGCCCGGCGCUUUUCAAUGCUGAGCUGUUUGUAUUGAAAAGAAAGGCAUAUCCACAUACAUCGUUCAUCCAUGGACCCAAUGCCAUGAACAUCUCCCAGCCACUUUCCAGAGCCACCAAUGUGGCGGAGGUGAAUAUUCUGAGAACUUACCAUGACCAGCCAGUGACCCCCAAGUCUGGCUAUUCACGUUACAUGUUUCCGCGGAUUCCCAAACCCAAGAAGUCUGCUUUUUACUACUCGACCUGGACAAAAAAUGGUCAAAGAUUGAAAAUUCCAGGGUUGGCGCUAUCGAAAAGACCGUUUUCUUCGGCACCUUCCAAGAUCAGAAAUAAGACGCAGAACUUCCAUCAGAGGCUCCAGCGCCGGUUUUUCUCCGCCGAAGCACGUCGAAGAAGAAAGGAGAAAAGAAGGUUUGUGAGAUGGUGGACGUUGACGUCCAUCGCGGUUGUUUUGGGAGGUGUGGCUGCCAAAAUCAGAUACGAGCGUGGUGAAGAUGAUGAUGAGGACUACCAGCCGUUCAGUGACUACACCAUCAAGCCUCAGUCGUGGCAUUUGUAUGCGUACUCGACGCUCCCAUUGAAGACCAUCUCGCGGUUGUGGGGCCAGGUCAACUCCAUCAACUUACCAGUAUGGAUGCGGAGCCCUUCUUACAAGCUAUACUCAGCUCUAUUUGGUGUCAAUUUGACUGAAAUGGAGGAACCUGAUUUGACUACCUACCAUAACUUGUCCGAGUUUUUCUACCGUAAAUUGAAACCUGGUGUCAGACCAAUUUCUGACGACGACUUAGUGUCUCCUUCGGACGGAAAAGUUCUCAAGUUUGGAGUCAUUGAGGAUGGUGAAAUCGAGCAGGUAAAGGGUAUGACCUACUCCAUCGAUGCUUUACUUGGUUUGAGUGCUAAGCGUUUGGCUGCACCAACCCACUCAUUGGAGUUCGACCAUGACGCCAAAAAUGAAGCUGUUAUCAAAAGAGAUGAAGAGUUUGCCAAGGUCAAUGGAAUUUCGUACUCUUUGGAUGACAUGUUGGGUGGAGAAGGUGACGAAACUUUCCAUUUGAACCAAUUGGAGUACGAAGAUGAGGGUGAUGGAACUGCCAAAGGCCUGAAACCAUCGGUAGGCAAGGACUUGUCCGUUGCACAGAAUUUGGCGCCCACUCCAUUUGAGAUGCUCCACCAGAGUUCGCAUAGUAAUUUGUAUUUUGCUGUUAUCUACUUGGCUCCAGGAGAUUACCACAGAUACCAUUCUCCUACCAACUGGGUGACUACGUUGAGACGUCAUUUCAUUGGUGAGCUCUUCUCGGUGGCUCCUUUCUUCCAGAAGACAUUGCAAGGUCUCUUUGUAUUGAAUGAGAGAGUUGCACUUUUGGGUUACUGGAAGUACGGUUUCUUCUCAAUGAUUCCUGUUGGUGCCACCAAUGUGGGAAGUAUUGUGGUGAAUUUUGACAAGGACUUGAAGACCAACGAUGUGUAUGAGCAUGAAGUGUACCUGAGAAAUUCAGAAAGUUCUGUUCACUCGAAUUCAAGCUCCACUGAUGAGUUGACACCAUUGUUGGAGAAGCUGGAUGUCACAAGCACAACGAGUGUGAGCAGCAAACCAAAGAAAUUGAAGAAGAAUACCGUUUACGAGGCUACAUAUACUGGGGCUAGUGCACUUCUAGGUGGUUUCCCAUUGAGUAAAGGUGAAGAGGUUGGAGGCUUCAAGUUGGGGUCUACAGUGGUGUUGGUAUUUGAGGCACCUGAUAAUUUCCAGUUUGACCUCAAUGUUGGCCAGAAGAUCAAGAUGGGAGAGUCUCUAGGACGCUUCAACUAA